AUGGACCAAUGGUUUGAGUACAAAGGAGCACUCUUUAACCUAGCGUUCACAAAGGAAUCCCUCGACGCCAUACCUGAAUACGUCAUACGUGAUGAUGACGUCGUCAUUGUGACGUAUGUAAAAGCAGGGACGAACUGGGUCGUAGAAAUCGUGAACAAGUUGAUGAGGGCUGCUGGCAAGACAGAUGUUCCCGCAGCAGACAUACCGUUGUGCAUUGCAGCAACAGUGCCAGGGUUUGGACAGCCAGGUCACGUGAUCAUGGAGGACCAACCGUCGCCGAGGAUCAUCCACACGCACCUUCCGUGGCAUCUGGCACCCAAAAUGAUCACCAGUCCGAAAGGAAAGUUCAAAGCUAUAGUGGUGAUGAGGAACCCGAAAGACACGGCUGUGUCCUGGUACCACUAUAAUCAAAAGUUGUCACCAUCAUUGGGAACUCAACGCGACAUACCCUGGGACGAGUAUGUACAGCGUUUUUUGGAUGGAAAAGUAAUACUUGGUGACUUCUACGACCACGCCCUCGGCUGGUGGCAGAUGCGAGACGACCCCCACUUCCUGUUUCUGAAGUAUGAAGACAUGAACAAGGACCUGUCUGGUACUGUCAGGAAGAUAAAGCAAUUCUUGGACAUCAGUUUGGAUGACGUCACCACAGCAAGCAUCGUUGAGUCGUGCACCUUCGCCAGUCUGACGUCUGCUUGGGCCGACUCGGGAAACCCAAUCCAAACUAUCGUCGCCAGGAAAGGUGCGGUCGGUGAUUGGAAGAACAGUUUCUCUGAGUCUCAGAGUAAGGCGUUCGAUGCCAAAUACAGGGAGAGACUGGAGGGGACCGGUCUCAAGUUUGACUUUGAGUAA